AUGGGUGACUGGAGCUUUCUGGGUAAUAUUUUAGAGGAAGUGAAUGAGCACUCAACGGUGAUCGGCCGGGUGUGGCUCACGGUCCUCUUCAUCUUCCGCAUCCUCAUCCUGGGUACGGCGGCAGAGUUUGUGUGGGGCGACGAGCAGUCAGACUACGUCUGCAACACGCAGCAGCCCGGUUGUGAGAAUGUGUGUUACGACGAGGCGUUCCCCAUCUCUCACAUCCGCCUGUGGGUUCUGCAGAUCAUCUUUGUGUCCACGCCAUCUCUGGUCUACGUGGGCCAUGCCGUGCACCACGUCCACAUGGAGGAGAAACGCAAGGAGCGCGAGGAGGCCGAGCUGAGUCGCCAACAGGAGCUGAGUGAGGAGCGGCUGCCACUAGCGCCUGACCAGGGCAGUGUGCGCACCACCAAGGAGACCAGCACAAAGGGCAGCAAGAAGUUCAGGCUGGAGGGCACCCUGCUGAGGACCUACAUCUGCCACAUCAUCUUCAAGACGCUGUUCGAAGUGGGUUUUGUAGUGGGCCAGUACUUUCUGUACGGCUUCCGCAUCCUGCCGCUGUACAAGUGCAGCCGCUGGCCCUGCCCCAACACCGUAGACUGCUUCGUGUCCCGGCCAACAGAGAAGACAGUCUUCAUAAUUUUCAUGUUGGCCGUGGCUUGCGUCUCGCUCUUCCUCAACUUUGUGGAGAUCAGCCAUCUGGGCUUGAAGAAGAUCCGCUUCGUCUUCUGGAAGCCAACCCCGGGGCAAGCCCAGGGUGAAGGCCUGAACCCCCUGCCCCCCCCAGGGGGGAUCCUCAAGAGCCUGCCUCCCCUGGCCGUGCCCUCCAUCCAGAGGGCCAAAGGCUACAGGCUGCUGGAGGAGGAGAAAGCCCCGUCCGUGACCCACCUCUAUCCUCUGGCAGAGACGUGCAUGGAGGCAGGGAGGUUAACCCCCCUGGCCCCGCCCUUCCAGUGCAUGGAGGAGAAGGCGAAAGAACUGAGGCACACGGAGGAUAUUUCUAAGGUGUACAAUGAGAUCCUGCCCUCCUACGCCCAGACCACCGAGAUAGGGGAGGACACACUACCACUACACCAAGAGGAGGAGGAGCAGGAGCAGGUGGUGGAGGAGGAGGACAAAGAAGAGGAGGAAGUGGUGGAGGAGGCGGAGAUGGAGGUGACGGAUACGAUAGAAGACACCAGACCACUGAGCAGAUUGAGCAAAGCCAGCAGCAGGGCCAGGUCAGACGAUCUCACCGUAUGA